CUCGUUUAAGCGUACUUGGCGGGGCUCGAGGUUGAGUGAAGGUCGCAAUGCUUAGCUUCAGAAAAACCUCGCCAAAUUGGCUGCGGUGUGUCGCUGCCGCUGAUCGGGCAUCUACACAGUAGCUGUGAGGCGAGUGUGGCUUGGCCUGUCCACCAGCCACAAGGCCCAGCCCAGCCCAGCCCGCCUAAAGUGCGGACCGCCAAACGCUGCCAGACAGAAGCAGCUAAAGCAGCACGAAGGCCCCGUUCUAGCACACCCCUCCACCACGAUGGCGACCGAGGAUGCGCGCUACCGGCAGAGCACGCAGUACCGGCUGUGGUCCUUCUCGCCGGGCAAGCUCGCGAGCCUGCGGGCGCAGACCAACGAGCUUGCCGCCGCGAGCAUCUCGGCGCGGCUGGCGGCGGCGCGCAGCAGCGGCAGCGGCGCCAACAGCGACUCGGGCAACGGCAACGGCUCCGGCUCGGUCGCCGCCACGCCCGCGCCGCUGCCCGACUUUUUAACCCCGGCCGAUGAGCACCAGCUGCUGACCUUCUAUACCGUCAUGCUGCUCAAGGCCGCCACCUUUUGCGAGCUCUCGAGCGACGCGCGCGCGAGCGCCGCCGUGCUGCUCAAGCGCUUCUACGUCACAAACAGCAUCAUGACGUACCCGCCCUCCACCAUGAUCAAGACGGCGCUCUUCUUCGGCGCCAAGGCCGAGGGCCACUACCUGCGCGUCGGCCGCAUCGCCGACCGCAUCAAGGGCACGACGCCCGAGGAGAUACUGGCGGGCGAGUUUCUGCUCUGCGAGGGCGUCCGCUUCGCCUUCGACGUCCGCCACCCCUUCCGCGCCCUCCAGGGCGCCUUCAUGCAGCUGCGCCGCUGCACCGCCGACCUCGACGACGACGCCCGCCUCGGCCGCGCCCACGACCGCGCCGGCGCCGUGCUGCGCUUCAGCUCGCUCGUCACGGACGUGUACUUCCACUACACGCCUAGCCAGAUCAUGAUGGCCGCACUGUCCAUCGCCGACCACGGCCUGCUCGAGCGCCUGAUACAGGAGACGUUCAAGCGUGGUGGCGGCAGCAGCAGCAGCACCGCCACGCCGCUCGCCGAGGACGGCGCAGCCACCCCCGCGACGACCGCCGACGGUGCGGCGGCGGUCCAGCCCGGCGGCAAGCCGGCUAGGAGCGGCAGGGCCAAGAAGAGCGAGCUGGAGAGGGAGCGGAUAUUCGGCGCCGAGGUCCGCGAGAAGGUCCUGGCCACCAUCGCGGCCUGCCGCAAGAUGCUCGAGACGGAGCCGCCCGAGAGAGAGGACGAGUACUACGGCACGCCCCACGAGGCCACCCUCUUCAAGCCCCUGCAGCGCAAGCUCAAGAAGUGCCGGGACCCGGACCGGCACGACCUCGUGGCGCUGCAGAAGGCGCGGCGCGAGCGGGCGCUCAACAGCAUCGACAGCGAUGACGAGGGCCCCGGCGCCCGCCCUGGUGCCAAGAAGGCCACGGUCGAGGACGACGGCGCCGUCUUUGGCGGGCCCAUGCUUGCCGCCGCGGCCGCGGGGGACUCGAGCCGGGACCCCAAGCGGCGCAAGGUCAGCAACGACCCCUUUGGGCCGCCCCUGUGAAGGAGGCUCAGACUGGCUGGGUGUGGCCGUGACCGAAAUGAGGGAGUACUUGGAAUCAUUUGCUUUGUGGACUCGGCCGGCCCCCUCAGAUAGGCCCUUGUUUCCACGCAUGGUGUCUCGACUAGAGGCUCGACCUGUCCUCUGCCUCUAGCCACACCGGCCAUAUUGACCACAUACCUAGGUAGGCAGGCUGGAGCCGCCGGUCGCAGUGGAUGGUGGGGGAAUCGAUGCCCCCGAUGGCUCAGGUCGCACGGCCCACCUGCCCGAUGCUGGAAGCAGCAUGGAAGACAUGGCUGCGUCCAUGUGGCCAUCUUACUGUGGGAGAAAGGGGAAAAUCAGUGAGCGGUGUUGAUGACGAGGCUAUCUAAUUCACGGGGUUGGACCCAGGUAUAUCCAGUACGCUCAAGCUAUAACUAGAUGCCUCGCUAGCGGGGUCCCUGAAAGGGAGCAUACGAAUUUAUGGGAAACGGAAGGAAUGGCUGGCUUUGUUCGGAUAUUCUGGCAAUGGCCGACGGAGGACAAUAGAUUUGGAAUUAAAUAAUCUACGAAUUAUGCCCCGACGCUACAUACUCAC